AUGAAGUCGAUCAACAUUGCGACUUUUUGCCUCUGUGCGGCCGGGACAUCCGCUCUCCAGCUGUCCACCAGCGACCGGCAGGCGUUGCAAACCGAGCUCGAAGCGUGGAAGCGCAGCGCUGCUGGGAAAGCCGCCGCCGAGCACGGCUACGUGCCCAAGACCGAGUCGGGGGAGCUCGGAGGCAAGACCUUGGAGCUCGAGCGCUUUGCUGCCACCAAGAAGGUGGUUGCGCAGCUCAAUUUGGCCAACCCGCAUGCGACGUUUACCGAGAAGAACCCGUUUGCGCUUUUGAGCGACGACGAGUUUGCACGGUUUGCCACCGGGCUUGGCAACGCGACGACACCGGCUCGAGCACUCUCGAUUGACGGGCAGCUCACGCCGCUGCAGCGCGCCGCGACCGGCGUCGACUGGUCUACCGAUGCGUGCAUGUCGGGCGUGCGCGAUCAAGGCGCCUGCGGCAGCUGCUGGGCGUUUGCGUCCGUGGGGGCAGCCGAAUUCGCGCACUGCAAGGCCACCGGGGCCCUCGCUACGUUCUCGGAGCAGCAGCUCGUGAGCUGUGCUUCGAGCGCCGGCUACGGUUGCCAAGGCGGGUGGCCCAACAAGGCGCUCGACUACUUGGCCAGCACGGGCGCGUGCUCGGGCACGUCGUACCCGUAUACAUCGGGCAACUCGCGCGCAAGUGGGCAGUGUGAUAGCGGCUGCAGCAAGGCGCCACUGCGGCUCGGUGCGUCCGUGACAAUCUCGGGUGAGAGCGCGCUGCAGAGUGCGCUCGAAAAGCACGUCGUCACGGUGACGGUCGAAGCCAACAACGCCUACUGCCUCUACUUGACCAAGAAGUUGCACACAGUCUGGUGCGGCGACGACGACUUGUACAGUGGCAAGGCGCUGCACUAG